AUGUCAUCGGACCAAGCACAGACUGACUGUGAUAAUGACAAUAUUCCAAGUGCUGUAACUAAUCAAACGGAUAAGCCAGUGGUCAAGAGACGUUCUCGUAAUAUGCCUUUGCAUAUUAUCACGUCAAUACCUUCGAAACCGUCAUCUAAUAGUGCGGUUGAAGACCCGAAAAGCAUUCCAUCAACUUCUCAGAUGGCAUCAGCAGCCACAUAUGAUGCAGCCACUCAGCAUACGUUUGUUGUGAGUGAUUUGGAAAGACGCAUACGCGACAGUGCACGCUUGAAUAGUACCACGUCAACACCAGUGUCUGAAUCCAGUAACUGUAGUAAUUCGCUAACGGGUAGCAGUUUGACGUUGACACCCGACCCGCUGAUCAUAUCAAGUUUGGAGAGUUCAGCAAGGACGAUCGCGGCCAAUUUGGACGUUUUACUGAGGGAUUUACGUGGAUCUCUGCAUGGUAUGAGCGAUCUGACGGUUGAGGCGUCUGAGUGUUAUGCCGAUUCCAUAUCGUCAACGUGUGAUUCCGUCGAUGCGGUCAUUAAGAAUACUUAUUCGAUGCUAGCAAAGAUAGAAGAGUUGAAUGAAGCGAUGGUUGGCGUCAAACGUCUUGCGCAUCAAGUCAAGGAAAUCAAACGUGUUGUAGAUAUUUUUGAAUCUCAUUUUAUUCUUCAUCCGCUUUAA